AUGAUGAAAUUCAAGUUAAAAAGAAAGAUAUCCAAUGUGUCAAUAAAUAUGGCUUCAGUGUGGAAACGGCUUCAAAGAGUGAAUAAAAGAGCAACCAAAUUUCAAUUUACAUUAUCAUAUCAUCAAAUAAUAUGUGAAACUACUUCUAAAUGGACUCCAAAUAAAUUGGUUGUUGUGUUAAGUCGCAGAAGCCGUCGUUUUGUCAGUGAAGCAUUACCGUGGGAACCUACAAUGAGAGACCCAUUACGAGGAGUAGUAAUUUGGCCAGUUCCAGAAAAUAAGCAACUGUCCAUAACAUUAUUCAAAGACCCUCGGAGUAAUGAGCAUGAAGACAAAGAAUGGACAUUUGCUAUUGAAGAUGUGAGUAAUUUAGGAAAACAUCGACAAAUAGCAGUUGCUGUAUUAAAUAUGAGAAAACACGCCAGUGUAGAUUCUACACAAAGCCAAAUUACAUUGGUAUUUAAACCUACUUCAAAAAAAAUAACUUCUGCAUCUCUUGAAAUGACUAUAACAAGUGUAUUUUUGAGAGAAGGAAAAGCUACUGAUGAGGAUAUGAUGAGUAUGGCUAGUCUUCUUAGCACAAAUAAUAGUGAUAUUGCUCCUCUUGAAGAUUUUGAUGAAGAAGAUAUUGAAGACUCUUUGUUCAAACAAGAUAUGAAUAAUGUAUCGUUUAUGACUAACAAAAUUGAACUUUUAACAAAUAGUUUAAGUGACCCUGAAAUUAUUGGUAGUUCUGUUGGAAAUGAUUCCUUUCAACAAGAAGAAGAUAUGUCAGAGAAUACAAAACAUUUCAAUUUAUCAAUCAAUGAUAAUUCAAAUUCUGAAAAUAGUUCUACUUAUAAUAAUCUUUCUUACAUAAAUAAUUCUGGUUCUGGAGAAGGUAUGAAGAACACUCGAGCAUCAUUAAAACCAUUAAACUUGAAAGAUAUUCAUACUGAUAGUGGUUCUAAAGGUACUGAAACUACUACACCUGGUCAAGAUCUACUUGAAUGGUGUAAAGACAUUACUAAAGGAUAUCCUGGUGUAAAAGUUACCAAUCUUACAACAUCUUGGAGAAACGGCCUUGCCUUUUGUGCUAUUAUUCAUUACUUCCGUCCAGAUAUUAUAGAAUUUGAUGCACUAAAACCUCACGAUAUUAGAGGAAACUGUAAAGCUGCUUUUGAUGCCGGAGAACUAUUGGGUAUAUCCCGUGUAAUUGAACCUUCUGAUAUGGGCGUUCUUACAAUUCCUGAUAAAUUAGCUGUUAUGACAUAUCUAUAUCAAUUAAGAGCUCAUUUUACUGGUCAUGAAUUAGAAGUUCAGCAAAUUGGUAAAACAGCAGAUGAAUCAUCAUAUAUGAUUGGCCGAUUUAAUAAUCCUGAUAGAGAUAUAUCUUUUCAAUUAUUUGAAAAAGAGAUUUUUAGAACUAAUGAUUCUAAUGAUAAAGACCAAAAUUCAUUUGGAAACAUUAAAAAUAAAAAAGAUAAUAUAACUGAUGAUCUGAAUAAUGGAUAUUCCUCAAUAGCAUCUACAAAAGAUAAUAUUACAGAUAAAAUUUUAAAUGGUUCAAAAAGUAUUUUUGACAAAGUAUUAUCUCCAUCUAAAGAAAAAUUAUCUUUUCCAAAGGUGAAAUCAUCAAAAUCAUCUCAGAUAACUAAAAGGCAACUUACCGAUCCUAUAAUUUCUAAUGAUGAUACCUUAUCCCUAGUUUCUAGUGAAAGAAGUAAAAAGUUAACAAGAUCUCUAUCAACUAGUGAGAGCUUAAAAAGUUCAAGCUCAGGUGACAGGACUAGUGAACCAAAGUCAUUACAGGAAACCUAUAAAAAUCACGUUUCUUCUAAACAGAAUGUAACAACUAAUCGACACGUUGAGCUUAGAGAAAGAGCUCGUCAGCUUGUAGAACAAGCCCGCCGAGAAGCUGCUAGACGAUCUGUGCCUCAAUUACCUAGUCAGAAUGAAGAAGAAAGACAGCAGCAGUUAAGAGAUCGUGCUAAAAAAUUAAUAGCAGAGGCACGUAAAAAUAUUAAUGUUUCAACCUCAUCGUCUCCAAUUACAAGUCUAAAUAAUGGAAGUGCUCGAAGUUCAGUAUCCCCAGUUUCAGACAGAUCUCAAACUAGUUUGUUCAACCUUGACAAGUCAUUUGAGUCCAGUAAAAAUAGCAGUAAUUUAGCUUUAGAUUCGAGUAGCCCUCAGAAAUUGCAAUCUUUCACAUCUUUAUUGGAUGCCAGUUCUGUAUCAAAAGAUACUUUUAAGAAUGAAAUCAAUUACAUUCAAAAUGAAAUGGAAUCUUUAGAACGUGAACAGAAACAAAUUGAUUGUCAAGCUGAUGAACUAGAAGUAGAACUAAGAAGAGUUAUGAAUACAGGAAAUGAUCGAGAACGGGAAGAAUUUCUUAUGACAGAAUGGUUUACACUUGUUAAUAAGAAAAAUGCAUUAUUGCGUCGCCAAAUGCAGUUAAACAUUUUAGAAAAAGAAGACGAUUUGGAGAGAAGAUACCAAUUACUUAUUGGGGAACUUCGAAGUAUAAUUGCAAUUGAAGAUUGGCAAAAGACAGAAGAGCAAAGACGUCGUGAGAAUUUAUUGUUGGCAGAAUUAGUAACUAUUGUCAAUAAACGGGAUGAGUUAGUUCAUCAUUUAGAUUCUCAAGAAAGGGCAAUUGAAGAAGAUGAUAAAAUUGUGAGGGAUCUCAAUAGAUCUGGUCUAAUUCAUCAAAAUAAGAACUGUGUUGUACAGUAA